ACCAUUUGUGACGGAGAAAAUAUGAGAUGUUAAAAGAUGACAAAAUGAACUCUUUGGAUAACAGCAACGUAAAGCAGCAGCAGCGAGCAUCAUCGCCAGCGAGAUUCAAAGACUCGCCAUCAAAAGUGCCGCCCAAAAGCACGACUGCCAAAGGCGCCUCUUCCAAGGCAGGUGGUAAAGGCAGUCGCAGUAAUUCUCCAGUCACUGUGAAAGACCGUCAGGCCAAAGGCGCGGCAGCUGUCCACACCAGUGGUGCUGAAAGUCCAACUCUGAAAAGGGCGGAGAAAAGCAAGAAAAUUGAGGAGCGCAGCAGCUCUUCUGAAGAACAGUACGGUGCCGAUGAGUCUUGUUUAGCGGGGGAUGCUUCUCGCGUGGUCUCUGAUCAGCCGAGCUCUACGAAAUCCUCUCAAGGUAAUAAAAGAGAGAGUGCGAGAGCUGAUGGAGGUAAGCAAUCUGCUAAGAGUGCUGUAGGAUGUGGCCCAGGUUUCUGGAGAGAGGGAUGCUUGCAGUCUGAACUCAUACAGUUUCACAUGAACAAAAGCUUGAAGAAAGAAAGCAACAUGCAACCAAAGACGUCAAGCUCGCCAGUGAUGGAGCUGCAACUGCCGCCCAAAGACACGAACCGCCACACUGAGGCUGUUGCGCAGGAAAACCAGGAACUGCUAGAGGAAAUUGAGCGAUUGGAGGAAGAGAACGAUUACCUAAAGCAUGAAGUCGAUGAAAUGCGAGCUGAGAUGGAUGAAAUGAGGGACACGUUCUACGAGGAAGACACUUGUCAGCUGCAGGAUAUGCGACGUGAUCUUGAGAGAGCCCAUAAGAACUGCCGAAUCCUACAAUAUCGUCUGCGCAAGGCAGAGAGGAAGCGACUGCGAUAUGCAGAAACAGGUGAAAUCGAUGGGGACAUGCUGAGGAGCCUGGAACAAGACUUAAAGGUGGCAAAGGAUGUUUCUGUGAGACUACACAAUGAACUGGAGAAUGUAGAGGAGAAACGAACAAAAACAGAAGAAGAGAACGAUAGACUGAGGCAACAGCUGAUUAAAGUGGAAGUGACCAAGCAGGCUUUACAAAAUGAGCUGGAAAAGGCCAAAGAGCUUUCUCUGAAAAGGAGAGGUGGAACAGAUGUACAGAAAUCAGAGAAGAGGACUCCACAAACCCCAACAGAGGGGGAAAAUGAUGAUCUGAAAUGCCAGUUGUCCUUCAUCAAGGAGGAGGCGACCUUAAUGCGGAAGAAAAUGGCUACGAUCGACAAAGAGAAGGACCGUCUAGAGCAGGAGCUCCAGAAGUAUCGCUCCUUUUAUGGUGACGUGGAUAGUCCUCUCCCCAAAGGUGAGGCAGGAGGUCCCGCCACCACCAGAGAGUCCGAACUGAAGCUCCGUCUGCGACUGGUGGAAGAAGAGGCCAAUAUUUUAGGUCGUAAAAUCGUGGAGCUGGAGGUGGAGAACCGUGGGCUUAAGGCAGAAAUGGAUGACCUGCGUGGAGAGGAGCUGCCUGGUGGGAUGUCGGACCCAUCAUCCAGAGAGCAGAGCGAGGUGCUAUCAGAACUACGCCAGCAGCUGCAAUUGGUGGAGGAUGAGGCUGAGCUUCUGCGUCGUAAUUUAGCCGACGUGGAAGAGCAGAACACGAAACUGACCAGCGAGCUCAACAAGCUCAAAUACAAGGCAGGGUCACACGAGGGCUCACGGUACACCAACGGGGCGGUGGAUGGGGCAAAAGUUGAAGCUCUGCAAGAGGAGCUGAAGACCGCCAGACUCCAGAUUAAUGAAUUGAGUGGGAAGGUGAUGCAGCUGCAGUAUGAAAACCGUGUUCUUCUAUCCAACAUGCAACGCUAUGAUCUCGCCUCUCACUUUGGCAUUCGCGCCAGCCCGAGGGACAGCGAUGCAGAGAGCGACUGUGGCCGCAGGGAAAGUGACGAUGACUGCUCUCGCCUCCCACCACAUCGCAAACGUGAGGGUCCCAUUGGUGGAGAAAGUGACUCAGAGGAGGUGCGUAAUAUUCGGUGCUUGACUCCAACACGCUCACUGUACAGCACAGAGGGACGCUUUUUAUCAAGAAGCUUCAAGGACCGUCAGCAGAUGACUGAUAUCCACAAAGAGGCAGAGCGAUUAAGCAGGACCAUCGAUAGAUUCAUUGCUGAUACUAGCACCAUCAUUGCAGAGGCGCGUGUUUACGUGACAAAUGGUGAGCUGUUUGGCAGAUUGGAUGACGAUGAUGAGGGCAGUCGAAUACGAGAGCAUGAGAUCCUUUACCGCAUCAACGCUCAGAUGAAAGCAUUCAGGAAGGAGCUGCAGAACUUUAUUGAUCGCUUGGAAGUUCCAAAACCAGAGGACAGGGAAACUGAAGAGCCUCUAUCUAUGUUUCAACCCAUUAUUUUGCUUAUUCUCAUUCUUGUCUUGUUCUCAUCUUUAUCAUAUCCCACUAUUUUCAAACUAGUCUUCCUUUUCACUCUUUUCUUUGUUCUAUAAACUUAAUUUUCAGUUUGGUGUUCUACUGUUUUGUUACUUUCUCCUUUUUCCUUUUGUUAUGUUUUUUGUUAUAUUUAUUAUAUUGAUUUUGGACAUGUCAUUAAGGUUAUGCAAGGUACUAGGAGCUAUCAUAAUUUCAGGCACAGACUACAGACUAUGCUCAACCAAACACU